AUGACGCUUGAUAGUCAACUCCAAACGCUUUCAAUUAAAAGUGAUGGAGCUGUGGACCUCUCAAAACUAGACGACAAGCAAAGAAGGGCCUAUGAUCUAUUUCACCAGGCCAAUGAGAAAGAAAUGGAGGGUGCAAUGAGCGAUGCUGUUGAGCUUUAUAGAAAGGCCUAUAAACUAGACGAAAAAGUUGAUCGCUGGUACCGGUAUCAAGAUAUUACGAAGCAGGCUUCUCCCCACAACAAGAAUACCAUAGAAAAACCGGCCGUUGACCUUGAACUAGUUAAAAAGAUUAAUGUUCAAGAGUUAUUGAAUAGUUUCAACGAAGAUCAAAUUACACCCGAGGAAGAAAACGAGCCGUCACCAUUACAUUUGCUUUCUGAUGACUUGUUGAUAUAUAUAAUGGAACUUCUAUGCGACGCUGACUCAUCCAGCUGGUUUUACUUUGCAAUCACUUGCAAAAAACUAUCGUAUCUCGGGUUCCAUAACAAAUCAAUUUGGGAGAAACUUUGUAAAAUUGUUUAUUCCAGACAACGGUACGAUGAAGACACUCCCUGCAGCCAAGACCAAAUAUGUCAGAAUACGUGGAAGGGCGAUUGGCACCUUAUGCUAAGUCAAAGACCUUUUUUGAAAUUCAAUGGUGCAUAUAUAAGUAUCAUCAAUUAUUAUAGAGAAGGGGGAAGGCCAGACAUGUCAAACUCAUGGUCAAACCCGAUAAGGUGUGUUACUUAUUAUCGAUUUGUGAGGUUCUAUCCAGAUGGUACAUGCCAAAGGUUGUUGACGUUUUUAAGCCCCAAGAUAGUUGUUCCAAGACUAAAUAAAAAUUAUCACGAACUGGGCUUAGAGAAUGUGUUUCGGGGCACUUGGAAGAUGACCAUGGAUGGCCAAGUACUAAUCACAGGGGAAGGCUCCGUGGAGGGAUACAGUUUUUCAGAGACACUUCAGAUCAAAAACCUGGGGCGAAUGAAACAUCACAAAUUACAUUGGAUAUCUGCAUAUUUCCAGAAUAAAGAUGAUGGAGAAAUGAAGCAUUUUUCUUUGGCAAAAGAGAGACCAUUCACUUUCAGUCGGGUCAAAUCAUACUCUGUGUAG